AUGCUGCGUAUGAGUACACAAAUGUGCCGGCAAGGUGCCUGGGCACUGUCGCGGUUGCCCAGCAGCAGAAAUGCCUUGCAAACGGUCACCAGAAAGAUGACACAACAGCGUUCGCCGGCAGAGUGGACCACAAGCAUUCGAGCGGAGCCCAAGGAUAAAGACAAAAUCACAGCUCUUGGCUGGUUCCUGCUGCUCAUACCCGCCACCACAUUCGGCCUGGGCUGCUGGCAGGUAAAGCGCAAGAUCUGGAAGGAGCAACUAAUUAAGGAUUUGCACGACCAGCUAAGCAUGGCAGCAGUAGAUCUGCCCGAAAAUUUAAAUGAUUUGUCACACAUGGAAUAUCGCCUGGUGAAGGUGCGUGGACGUUUCCUGCACGACAAGGAGAUGCGCAUGGGACCCCGUUCGCUCAUACGCCCCGAUGGUGUGGAGACACAGGGCGGCCUAUUCUCGCAGCGUGACGCUGGCAAUGGCUACCUGGUUGUGACCCCCUUUCAGUUGUCCGACAGAGAUGACAUUGUGCUGAUUAAUCGCGGCUGGGUGUCCCGCAAGCAUGUGGAUCCGGAAACACGCGCCCAGGCCCAGCAACAAGCAGAGGUGGAGCUCACGGCUGUGGUGCGUCAGGGGGAGUCGCGUCCACAGUUCACGCCCGACCACAAGAACGCCAAUAUGUAUCUGUACCGCGACUUGCCACGCAUGUGCGCCUCCACUGGCGCUGCCGCAGUGUUUCUGGAUGCCGUCUACGAUCCGCAGGCUAUGCGCAACGGACCCAUUGGUGGCCAGACGCGCGUGACACUGCGCAACGAUCACAUGUCGUAUUUGGUCACCUGGUUCAGCCUGUCGGCGGCCACCUCCUUCCUGUGGUACCGCCAGAUCGUCAAGCGACUGGCCUUCUAAGCGGAACGAAUGCAAACACACAUUUUUGUUGUUAUUAUUUUUAUAAAAUUUACAUGCUCUCGUGUAAA